AUGCCUUUCAACACAGCCCUCACGCGCAAGCUGGGCAUUCGCGUGCCCGUCGUGCAAGGAGGCAUGCAGUGGGUAGGAUACGCCGAGCUGGCUUCAGCAGUCAGCAACGCCGGUGGACUAGGACUCCUUACUGCCCUCACUCAACCCACCCCCGAAGACCUGCGCAAGGAAAUUCGACGAUGCCGCACCAUGACCAAGUACCCAUUCGGCGUCAACUUGACCCUCCUCCCUUCUCUGGUGCCCCCAGACUACGCUGCCUACGCCCAAGUCAUCAUCGAUGAAGGAAUUAAGAUCGUUGAAACCGCCGGUAAUAACCCUGGCCCUGUGAUCCAGCAACUGAAGAAAGCCGGUAUCAUCAUUCUACACAAGUGUACCACCAUCCGACACGCCAAGUCCGCUGUAAAGCUGGGUGUGGACUUCCUGUCCAUCGAUGGUUUCGAAUGUGCUGGCCAUGUCGGUGAACACGAUAUCACCAACUUCAUUCUUCUCAGCCGUGCUCGCCAAGAUCUAAACGUGCCGUUCAUUGCCUCUGGUGGUUUCGCUGAUGGUCAGGGUCUAGCUGCUGCUUUGGCGCUCGGUGCCGAGGGUAUUAACAUGGGUACUCGAUUCAUGAGCACAGUCGAGGCUCCUAUUCAUAACAAUAUCAAACAGGCUAUUGUUGAUGCGCAAGAGACGGAUACCGCUCUUGUCAUGCGUCGAUGGACAAACACUACGCGUCUAUUCAAGAAUAAGGUUACCCAUGAGGCGCUGAAGGUUGAGCGUGAGAGCAAGACUGAUGACUUUAGCGUCAUGGCGCCUCAUGUGAGUGGUAAGCGUGGUCGUGAGGUCUUUAUUAACGGUGACAAGGACUUUGGAGUCUGGACUGCUGGUCAGGUUAUUGGAUUGAUUCAUGAUAUUCCCACUUGCGCUGUGUUGCUGGAGCGGAUUGAGAAGGAGGCCCUGGAGGCUGUGAGCCGGACUCGAUCGCUGUAUAACGAUGCCCCUGCAAGCAAGCUUUGA